GAUAUUUUGGUUGCAGACUAUCAUGCCAUCGCUUCCUAUAUCAGCGAGGCUCCGCCGUUUGGGUGUGCUGGUUUGGAAAAACUGCGUGUUCGUGCGACGCCGACAUCUAAUUUUAACCCUGUUGGAAAUCGUUUUGCCUGUUGCAUUUUUCGCCAUCGCAGCUUACCUCAGGGCCAAAUCGGCAUCAAUUCUUGGUACUUCUGUUGUUGCAGAACCGAAGUAUUUUUCAAUUCAAGACCUUCCUACUUUGAGACCUAAAUUGGGAGAAAUGGAACUAUGGUACGCACCAAAGAAUAGUUUCACUGACACGCUGGUCAGAAGGGCAAGAGACGCUGGAGGUUUACAAAGAACUGAGGGAUUUGUUAAAGUGGAAGAAAUGUUGCAACAGUACACAUUAGCGUCUUACAAAGGGAAAAACUCUUCAUUGGAUGCGGUUGCUUGUUUAAUCUUUGAAGGAGAAGCAGCCGCUGCACUGAAAGACCAGUGGCCCAAGAAGUUGGCUUACAAGAUCAGAAUUAAAGGCAAGUUCAAAACGGCACAUUUGAGAGAUCCGAACAGUGCUGGCCCCAACAAAAUUCGAAACGAUCCAUAUUUUUCAACCGGAUUUAUUGGAUUGCAACUUAUCAUGAACAAAGCAUUUAUUGAACUAGCUCAGUCAUUGGAACAGCAGAAUGCGCCAGCUAACCUUCAAGACCAGAUGGUCUUGCAGGCAAUGCCAUAUCCUCCGCACGUAGAUGAUGCUGCAUACUCGCAGGCAAUUAGAGACCUGCUACCUAAUCUUGCAAUGUUUAGUUUCUUCAUCCUCUGCACCUCCCUUACAAAGCAUGUGGCCGACGAAAAACAGUCCGGUGUUAAGGAAUUGAUGAAGUUGAUGGGAAUGGAAAAUUGGGCGUACUGGGCUGGUUGGCUGAUAGAUGCCAUGCUUAUUCGGAUCGUUCCCAUUUUCGUAGUUGUAUUUCUAUUAACUUACUCUUUUAAUGAUGUAUCUGGCGCUGUCUUUGACAAAUCCAGCUUCACUCUUCUGGUUCUCAUCUUUUUUAUGUAUUGUGCCAGCAGUAUCAUCCUCCUCUUUUCAAUCACCUCUCUCUUUUUCCGACCAAUUAUUUCGAUAUCUGUGGCCUGCGUUGUAUGGAGUAUGUCGCUUUUCCUUCCAACACAGUACGUUUUGAAAGCAAAUCCAGAGUUAUCUAUCAAGCUUCUGAUGAUGCUUUUUCCAAACAUGGGAAUAUAUUUUGCUUUUGGCACUGCUCUGCAACAUGAAAAAAGAGGUGUUGGUGCUCAGUGGAAUAAUGUCCAUCUCUCAGCGACUGACGACUCCAUGAGUGAUGUAUCUAUUCUCCAUGUGCUUCUUAUGUUUGCUGUUGACAUCGUUUUAUUUUCAAUUAUUACUUGGUACUUCAGCGCGGUGAAUCCUGGCAAGUUUGGCCACAAGAAGCCGCCCUUAUUCUUUGCCAAAAAAGCCUAUUGGCUAGGAGAGAGCAACUUUACUAAAAAGAUUGAAGACCCUACUAAUGUGAGCCAAGAAAACUAUGAACGCCCUCUAACGGCAGACAUGACUGAUGACAAAGUGGGAAUCACCAUCCGAAACCUGCGGAAAACGUACCCAGGCGCAAUGGGUCGUCCGCCUGUGCAUGCAGUGCGCGGCGUCUCGCUGGAUAUCUACAAAGGAGAAAUCACCGCUCUGCUCGGGCACAACGGAGCAGGCAAAACGACCACAAUGUCAAUUCUGACUGGAAUGAUAUCGCCAUCAGAUGGAAAAGUGCAGGUGUUGGGCUACGACCUGAAACACGGCCUCACGGAAAUCAGACAGUCGCUGGGGCUGUGCCCACAGCACAACCUGCUCUUUGGAGAACUCACAGUGCAUCAGCACUUGGUGUUCUUUGCCAUGUUAAAAGGAAACUCGAUGAGAGACGCAAAAAGGGAAGCUCAAGACCUGUUGACCACUGUUGGGUUGAUCAAUAAAAGAGGCGCGUUGGUUUCUGAGCUGUCUGGAGGAAUGAAAAGGAAACUUCAACUGGCGAUCGCCCUGAUUGGAGGAUCACAGGUGGUCAUGUUGGAUGAGCCCACGUCUGGCCUUGACCCUGAAGCAAGACGCGAGAUCUGGGACCUGCUGCUGCAAUUUAGAAAACACAGAACGAUCGUGUUGAGCACGCAUUUCAUGGAGGAAGCAGAUGUGUUGGGUGACACAAUCGCAAUCAUGUCGCAUGGAAAUGUGGAGUGCUGCGGGUCGACCAUGUACCUCAAGAGACUUUUUGGCGCUGGAUACCACUUGAAUCUGCUGAGGAAACACAACUGCGAUGAGAAAACCCUGAGGAACACUAUCCUGAAUAUUCUGCCAGAAGUGAUUGUGGAACAUUGUUCUGAAGAUGGAACAGAUGCGCCUAAAACUGGUCCAAUCACGUUCACCCUUCCAGCAAACAAAGUGGACAAAUUUCCAGAGCUAUUCGAUGUCCUUGAAAAAUAUAAGGAUGAGCUUGGGAUUGAGAGUAUUGGAGUUUCCGUCACAACUAUGGAAGAAGUGUUUUUAAAGGUUGGGGAGUUGUCUUCAUUGAAACAUGCCAAUGAAAAGGAUGAUUAUGGAGCUACUGACCAGGAAAUUCCAUCUUCGACGCAAAGACUUGUUGAUUCAAAUGAAAUCAAGUUGUCUGGGCUAAAUUUAGUGUUUCAGCAAGUGCUUGCCUUGAUCUUUAAAAAAGCCAUCAUUACUAAACGUAAUUGGCGAUAUUUGAUUCUCCAGUUCUUCUUUCCAAUUUUGAUGACUUGGUAUGCUGUUUUCUUGUCGUACUCCGUUCUCUCCAACAACUCCACACCUGACGAAGGACUGUCUAUCAAUAUAAACCAAUAUGGCUCAGAUAAAAAUCUGUUUGUCCUGUAUGAAUUUGAUGACACUGAACAAGCACGGCGCCUAGCAAACGUGUAUGCUGAUGUCCUGAAAAAUAAAUCUCAAGCUGCUAAUGUUGACAACGUGGAAGAAAGAUUAAUUUCCAUUGGAAUAAAAAGUAUUGAAGAUUAUCGAAGGAAAUACAUCUCAGCGGCAAAAUUCGCCACCGAAAAUUUAAAUCUUCGCAUCACUGGAUUGUAUAAUUAUGACGCUCGGCACUCUGCUCCAGUGGCACUUGAUUUGAUAUCAAAUGCGUUAUUAAAAUACCGUGCAUCACCAGCCUACCAAAUUUCUACUGAAAAUCAACCAUUUCCAGUGGAAAAAAUAGAAAACCAUAUAAUUCAAUAUUCCUCCAAGUCUUCAGUUGUGGCUUUGAUCUGGUCCUCUGUUGUCCACUUUGGCUAUAUGUUUGCGACGGCGGUUAAUCUCAUCCUGCCACAACAGGAGAGAGUACUUGGUGCAAGGCAUUUACAGGUAAUUGCAAGCACUCCUGUGUACCUGGUAUGGCUAAGCUACGCUUUGGUGGAUAUCACUCUCACUUCUAUUCUGGCCAUCCUAACCAUUGCUGUGAUUUAUCCUUUUGACACUUUUCGCAUUUUUUCUAGUGGAAUUGAAUUGGGUAUCUUAUUCUGCAUUUUCUUCUUGUAUGGAAUUGCUGGCACAAUGUUUGCGUAUUUUGCUAGCUUCCUGAAAAAUGACGUUUCAUCCGCAUUUGAUUUGCUAGCGUACAUCAAUUUGUUCUUUGGUGGUGUUGUUAAUUUUGCCAUAUUCCUAAUGGAAAUGUUUCCGAAUUGGGAAAGUUACGGCUUGGUCCUAAGGAUCAUAUUUGGUCUACUUCUGCCCCACUCUGCCCUUAUUUCAAGCCUGACUCAUUUUUCUGGGACCGCCAUUUACAACUCCGUGUGCAGAAGUAUUCCUGUUUCAGCCAAAGCCAGUGCAUGCCAAGGAAAUUCGCACCUGCUCAUGUGCUGUGAGCGAGUUUGCGAAAAAAUUGAUUAUUGCUUCAAACCGGCAUCUUACAUGUGGGGCAACAAAACUAUGAAUUAUGGCAACUGGGUAGUUCGCCAUGGAGGAAUCGGUCAAGAGCUCAUUUACUUAGUUUUUGGCAUAGUCUUGUGGAGUGGCAUUGUGCUCCUCAUUGAUUCAGGCUCCAUUAGCAGCAUAUCAGAAAAGAUACAGCACAGACUUGAACAUCAUCUGCACUCUAAUAUUGAUGAUGCAAUAAACCAAGACCAAGACGUAGUUGAGGAGACCAACAAAGUAAAUAAAUAUAUCACAGAGAAAGGAGAGUCCAAUGCCCGUGAUACACCCUUACUAGCUGUUUCUUCUCUCUCUAAGAAAUUUGGAUUGCCGGUCCUUAAACACCGAUUUUCAGCAGUGCGAGGAAUUAGUUUCUUGGUUAAUCGUGGCGAGUGUUUUGGCUUGCUAGGCGUAAAUGGAGCUGGGAAGACGACAACCUUUCAAAUGCUUACUGGUUCUGUCCCACCUACCAAAGGUGAUGCCAUGCUGGACCGCUACUGCUUAUCCAGCGACCAAAACCAAUUUUUGUCUCGUUUGGGCUACUGUCCUCAAUUUGAUGCUCAACACGAUCUUCUCACUGGACAUGAAACCCUGCAACUCUAUGCGCGCCUCCGCGGUGUGUCUAAAAGCCUGGUGGACACGGUUGUGAGAAGGUGGCUAGUCAAAAUUGGCUUGAUGAAGUAUGCAAACAAGCUGACAGCCUCUUACAGUGGAGGAAACCGUCGAAAGCUUAGUGUUGCAAUGGCCUUGAUUGGUGAUCCUCCAAUCGUCCUCCUUGACGAGCCGACUAGUGGAGUGGAUCCCAUUGCGCGGAGACAACUUUGGCAGGCACUAGGUGAACGUCAACAAGCUGGGCAAUCAAUUGUCAUCUCAUCACACAGUAUGGAUGAGUGUGAAGCACUCUGUUCUCGACUUGCUAUCAUGGUAGCAGGGAAGUUAGUAUGUUUAGGACCGAUCAGCCAUCUGAAAAGCAAAUUUGGUCAAGGCUACUCACUUGUCGUCAAAGUUAAGAACGCGUCUUUAGCAAAUGAAUCAGAGUCCGUUAAAGGCACACAAAUUCUUGAUUUGAAAUUUGAAAUCGAAACAAAAUUUUCUCCAUGUGAGCUGGUGGAUGAACAUCAAACUUUUAUCUGUUAUCGAAUUAUGGGAAGUGACCGGAAAUGGAGUGAAUUGUUUAAAGCAAUUGAAUCUAUAAAAAAUUCUCACAGCAUCAUGGAAGAUUACACGUUGAGUGAAACCACACUGGAACAAGUAUUUCUCUCAUUUGCUCGGCAAAGAGAUUCUACAAGCCAGUCUACUACAAAAUUAUCUGAUGAUCAAAGAGGAUGCGCGAGUGGCUUUUCUUUAAGUCGACGCGGUCAUCGAAAGGUCAACAAAGCUUCGCAAAAAUCUAGUCCUCAAAAUGUCAGCAACAGAGUACCUGUUAGCUUUUCUUUUUAGUAUUUAUUUGCUGACUGAAAGAUUUUCGUUUUCACUUUGCCAUAUUUGAGUAAGAUUUUCAGCAAAAUAAUCAUUUGGUGGAAAAUCCUGUUAAAAAAAUGAAUUUUUCAGUGAAGUUGCAAAAUCUGAAAAUAUAAGCAAAAGUCAUGUAUAGCUAAUACAUUUCAGCGGCAAAGCAAAACAUAUUAUGUAAAAGUUAAAAUCAAAUUUUAAUCGAUUUCAAAAAUUUUAUGCACUUUUAGUCUGAAAAAUAUUUACCUUAUUUAUUUAGAUUGUGCAUUUAAUUCAAAAUGUAACAAAAAUCUAUUAUGCGUAUGGAAGCACAUAUUUAAAUAAAGCAGUUAAACUUAAAUUUUUCAUAAAAACCUUCUCUGCUUAUUAAUGUGAUAUUUUUAUUUCUAUAGGCUUAAUAUUUUUUCAAUGAAAAGCUGCAAUUAAUUGGUAAAUUGCUGUCUAUGUCGUUAAGAAAAUAUUGAAAAUCCUAAUUAUCAACCAAUUUAAAAUGUUGAUGUGAAGUAUGCGCAAAAUAUACUGAUAUGCCUAAAUUUUGGAAUAUUCGAUAGCACUCUAAUAAUAUUUCUUUAGAAUCCACCAACUAAAUUGUUUCAAUGUUACUGUGAUUUAAGGUUGAUCUCAAUACUUUAAAUGUUUGAAUAUAUGGAUGAAAUACCCAUUUUAUUUUUCAUAAUCUAUUCACUCUAUUUGAUUAUUAAAUUUAUGUUGAAUAUAUAAAGAUUGUCAGAAAUAAAACAAUUGGAC